GUGUCAGUGGUGCUAUCUUCGUUCUUUGCACUCCUGUUUACGACGAGCACCUCAGCAAGAGCAGCUGCAGCAGCGGAGCAAGCAAGGGGCACCUGGUGUCAUGACCAGGGAAAGAGGCCAAGACCGCCAGGGAGGAUGCUGUGCAAACUACCUGACCUCUGCAAAAUUCCUCCUCUACCUUGGUCAUUCUCUCUCUACGUGGGGAGAUCGGAUGUGGCACUUUGCCGUGUCUGUGUUCCUGGUAGAGCUCUAUGGAAACAGCCUCCUCCUGACAGCAGUCUAUGGCCUGGUCGUAGCGGGCUCUGUUCUGCUCCUGGGAGCCAUCAUCGGCGAUUGGGUGGAUAAGAACGCCAGACUUAAAGUGGCUCAGACUUCACUGGUGGUGCAGAACGUUUCAGUCAUCCUGUGUGGCAUCAUCCUGAUGAUGGUUUUCUUACAUAAAAAUGAGCUUCUGACCAUAUACCAUGGAUGGAUUCUUACUUCCUGCUAUAUCCUGAUCAUCACUAUUGCCAACAUUGCUAAUUUGGCCAGCACUGCUACAGCAAUCACUAUCCAAAGGGACUGGAUUGUUGUUGUUGCAGGAGGAGACAGAAGCAAAUUAGCAGACAUGAAUGCUACAAUCCGAAGAAUCGAUCAGUUAACCAACAUCUUGGCCCCCAUGGCCGUUGGCCAGAUCAUGACAUUUGGCUCCCCAGUUAUUGGCUGUGGUUUCAUUUCGGGAUGGAAUCUGGUGUCCAUGUGUGUCGAGUACUUUCUGCUCUGGAAGGUUUACCAGAAAACCCCUGCUCUCGCUGUGAAAGCUGCUCUGAAAGUAGAGGAAGCUGAAUUGAAGCAGCUGAAUUUACACAAAGACACUGAGCCAAAAACCCUGGAGGGAACUCAUCUAAUGGGUGAGAAAGACCCUAACAUCCGUGAGCUUGAACCUGAGCAAGAGCCCACCUGUGCCUCCCAGAUGGCUGAGCCCUUCCGCACCUUCCGAGACGGAUGGGUCUCCUACUACAACCAGCCCGUGUUUCUGGCGGGCAUGGGUCUUGCUUUCCUUUAUAUGACUGUCCUGGGCUUUGACUGCAUCACCACAGGGUACGCCUACACUCAGGGGCUGAGUGGCUCCGUCCUCAGUAUUUUGAUGGGAGCAUCAGCUAUAACUGGAAUAAUGGGAACCGUGGCUUUCACCUGGCUGCGUCGAAAAUGUGGCCUGGUUCGCACUGGUCUGAUCUCAGGACUGGCACAGCUUUCCUGUUUGAUCUUGUGUGUGAUCUCCGUGUUCAUGCCUGGAAGUCCUUUGGACUUGUCUGUGUCUCCCUUUGAAGAUAUCCGUUCUAGGUUCAUUCAGGGAGAACCACUGUCCACUACAACCGAAAUACCCAAAGCCAUCUUUACAACUGAAACUCUUCUGUCGAACGGGUCUAAUCCUGCUAAUACUGUCCCAGAGGUGACUAGCCAUUCUGUUCCUCUCAUCUCCGUCAGUCUGCUGUUUGCAGGCGUGAUUGCUGCUAGAGUUGGUCUUUGGUCCUUUGAUUUAACUGUGACACAGUUGUUGCAAGAAAAUGUAAUUGAAUCUGAAAGAGGCAUUAUCAAUGGUGUACAGAACUCCAUGAAUUAUCUUCUUGAUCUUCUGCAUUUCAUCAUGGUCAUCCUGGCUCCGAAUCCUGAAGCUUUUGGCUUGCUCGUAUUGAUUUCAGUCUCCUUUGUGGCAAUGGGCCACAUCAUGUAUUUCCGAUUUGCCCAAAAGACUCUGGGCAAUCAGCUGUUUGUUUGUGGUCCUGAUGAAAAAGAGGUUGCGAAUGAAAACCAAACAGAUUCAUCUGUUGUAUAAGACAGUGUAACUGUGACUAUCCCUGUUACUAGAUCGCAUAGAGCACAUGUGUUCAUUUUGUACUUCAAAAUUCCAGUAAAGAGCUGGGUGUUUUGCUCUGGUUUUACCACAGUUGAGCCUUGAGGGCUGGCUACAAGCUGUUUAGGAACCAAAGUCAGCAGAAAUGACCUGGUUAAUUACCCUUACAUUUAAGUAUGGAUAAAGAAGAAAAACUCCAUUUAUAUACGGAGCCUAUAAUGGUAACACUGAAUUCUCAUAUUUCUUCUGAGUAGACAAAAUUUCACAUUAACUAGUAGUUAGUGAUGCAAAUUACAUUAUCCUUAGGCAGAUAUUUAUUAUCUGUACUAGAAUUUAGAAAUAUUACUUUUCCCUAAAACUCACUCUCGUUAAAGUCUGGAGAAUUUACUUUUAUUCAUCUUAUUCUCAGUUAUUAAAAGGCAAGUAAGUUCUUCUCCAAAUAUGAAGAUUGAAGUUUAGUAACCAGUAUUAUCCUUAUUGCUCCUAUUGAUCUUCAGAGACUUAAUGUAUGUGAAAAAAUGAAAUACUUAACGACAGUUCUCUAAUAAGGCUCCUGGUUUAACCUAUGAGAGCACCUUUGCAUUUUUAUUAUCAAGUAGGCCAAAAUAUUGUACUAAGCAUAUGUAGCACUUCAUAUAAUGGCUAUAUGUAAGCUGCAGGUAGAAGUCAAGCUAUAGACUUAUAUAACAGUGAAUGCAAAAGGACUUCAAAUGUGUCAGUAGGUUGCCAUAGAAGCAAAAGCUAAAAGCUACACAGAAAGGAGAGCUCCUCAUUGAACUCGUGCCACUAUCAGUUAGUGGGCUCUGUCUAAGAGUCUGAGAGAGUAUGCCUUCAGCCUGGCAAGUUACAUGUGGAAAGAUAGCCCACACUUGGAAAGGUUUUGUUUUAGAAAUCACUUGAUUUGCUUUCAGCACACUUGGGCAGAGCAUUUUUACCCUUAUUGUUCUAUGCCCAGGAAUUCUCUCUACAUCAUUCUAGAGCAAGAAUGUUCAUGAAACCAUCCCUUUCAGAUGCCUCUGAGUAGAGGGGGGGAUAAAGAACAUUUGUAUAUAUUUUUAAAAACUGUUUUACAAGUCAUUUUGCAACAUGCCAGUACCAACAUGGUACUAUGCCUUAACUGUUUAUGCACUUUCAUGGAGACUGCAAUACGUUGCUAUGAGCACUUUCUUUACCCUUGAAGUUUAAUCUUUUUCUUCAUCUUUCUACAGUAUGGCAAUGAUUUGCUAUGUUAUAAAAUCUUUGUAAUAUUUCUACAUAAAUGUAUUUUAAAAAUCUUAA